CCCCUUGCGGCGGCGCACCGCGCGCAGGGGCGGAGCAUCUCGCAGCCCUGAUGGAGGACAGGACUCCUGGCUUCCUGCUGGCCCUUCGGACCAAGGGCGGACCCCAAGGGGUGCGCACGCGGGUGCAGGAGCAGGACUUGGAGCGGUGGGGCCUGACGGGGAUUCGUCUACGUACUUAUCAACUGGAAGGUGUCAACUGGUUGGCCCAGCGAUUCCAUUGCCAAAAUGGCUGCAUCCUGGGAGAUGAGAUGGGCCUGGGCAAGACCUGCCAGACGAUUGCUCUCUUCGUAUACUUAGUAGGACAAUUAAAUGAUGAAGGACCCUUCCUGAUCCUUUCUCCCUUGUCUGUUCUGAGCAACUGGAAAGAAGAGCUGGAGAGAUUUGCUCCAGGUCUUUGUUGUGUAACAUAUGCAGGAGACAAAGAGGAAAGAGCCCACCUUCAGCAAGAUCUAAAGCAGGAGUCACAGUUUCAUGUACUGCUGACCACCUAUGAGAUUUGCUUGAAAGACGCAUCAUUUCUAAAAUCCUUCCACUGGAGUGUUCUUGUUGUGGAUGAAGCCCACAGGUUGAAAAACCAAAGCUCCCUGCUGCAUAAGACGCUCUCAGAGUUCUCUGUAGUCUUCAAUCUCCUGUUAACCGGAACUCCCAUCCAGAACAGCCUCCAGGAACUCUACUCCCUCCUCAGUUUUGUGGAGCCUGACAUCUUUUCCAAGGAGCAGGUGGAAGAAUUUGUUCAACGUUAUCAUGAUAUUGAGAAAGAGUCCAAGUCAGGCAAUGAGCUCCAUGAGCUCCUGCAGCCCUUUCUGUUGAGACGAGUGAAGGCUGAGGUGGCCGCGGAGCUGCCCAGGAAGACGGAAGUGGUGCUGUACCACGGCAUGUCAGCCCUACAGAAGAAGUACUACAAGGCCAUUCUGAUGAAGGACCUGGAUGCAUUUGAAAAUGGUGUGACAAAGAAAAUUAAACUCCAGAACAUCUUGUCCCAGCUUCGAAAGUGUGUAGAUCACCCUUACUUAUUUGAUGGAGUGGAACCAGAGCCUUUUGAAGUUGGGGACCACCUGAUUGAGGCUAGUGGGAAACUUCACCUGCUGGAUAAGCUGCUGGCCUUCCUAUACUCCAGGGGCCAUCGGGUUUUACUUUUCUCCCAGAUGACCCAGAUGUUGGAUAUUCUCCAAGACUAUCUGGACUACAGAGGCUACAGCUAUGAGCGUGUGGAUGGCUCUGUGCGAGGAGAGGAGAGAUACCUGGCCAUCAAGAACUUUGGACGGCAGCCCGUUUUUACCUUCCUCCUGAGCACCCGAGCAGGUGGAGUUGGCAUGAACUUAACAGCAGCAGAUACCGUUAUUUUUGUGGACAGCGAUUUUAAUCCUCAGAAUGAUCUGCAGGCAGCUGCCAGAGCACACCGCAUUGGGCAGAGCAAGUCUGUCAAAGUGAUUCGGCUGAUUGGUCGAGACACCGUGGAAGAGAUAGUCUACAGGAAGGCGGCCUCCAAACUGCAGCUCACCAACAUGAUCAUAGAAGGAGGUCAUCUCACACUGGGAGCCCAGAAACCUUCCACAGAGGGUGACCUUCAGCUGAGUGAGAUACUCAAAUUUGGUUUGGAUAAACUGCUCUCCUCUGAGGCUAGCACCAUGGAUGAAAUAGACCUGGAGUCCAUCCUGGGAGGAACAGAAGAUGGACAGUGGGUCUCUGAUGCCUUGCCAGCUGCAGAAGGAAGGAAUGAAGAGCAAGAGGAAGGAAAAAACCACAUGUACUUAUUUGAAGGUAAAGAUUAUUCCAAAGAGCCCAGUAAGGAAGACAGAAGAUCAUUUGAACAACUGGUGGCGCUUCAGAAAACCCUUCUGGAGAAGACGCGUCAAGAGGGCCGGUCACUGCGAAACAGAGGCGGUGUGCUUAUCCCGGGCCUUGUGGAGGAGUCUGCCAAAAGGAGGCGUGUUCUGAGCCCAGAGGAGCUGGAGGACAGACGGAAGAAGAGACUAGAAGCAGCAGUCAAGAGGAAGAGGACGAUGGAAGAGAAUAGGAGGAAAAAGGAAGAAGCUGAGCAACAGAAAAAGAUGGCCUGGUGGGAGUCCAACAACUACCAGUCCGUCUGCCUGCCCUCUGAGGAGAGCGAGCCAGAGGACCCCGAGGAUGGGGAGGACGAGAGCUCUGCUGAGCUGGACUAUGAUGAGGACCCAGACACAACCUCCAUUAAGUAUGUCAGUGGUGACGUCACCCACCCUCAGGCCGGAGCUGAGGAUGCCCUCAUUGUGCACUGUGUAGAUGACUCUGGCCGCUGGGGCAGAGGUGGUUUAUUCACAGCUCUAGAAGCUCGAUCAGCUGAACCAAGAAGGGUCUAUGAACUGGCUGGGAAAAUGAAAGACUUGAGUUUGGGAGGUGUCCUUUUAUUUCCUAUCGAUGAUAAAGAGUCAAGAAAUGAAGGACAGGAUUUGUUGGCCUUGAUCAUAGCUCAGCACCGUGAUCGUUCCAAUGUCCUGUCCGGCAUUAAGAUGGCAGCCCUAGAGGAAGGCCUGAAGAAAUUAUUUCUAGCAGCAAAGAAAAAGAAAGCAAGUGUCCAUCUGCCCCGCAUUGGACAUGCCACGAAGGACUUUAACUGGUAUGGUACUGAGCGACUUAUUCGGAAACAUCUGGCUGCAAGAGGCAUCCCAACUUACAUAUAUUAUUUUCCUAGAAGCAAGGCUGCUGCCCUUCAUUCACAAUCCUCCUCUUUUUCAGCAAACAGCUAA